AUGGGUUUCAUCCAUAUUCCACACAAUCUUCUUGUCACCUUCAUAAUAUUGGUGUUAUCUUUCAACUCGGCCGCAGAAUGGUUAAACCAUGGAGGUGACUUAUCGAAUAGAAGAUACGCGAGGGAUGAAUUUCACAUCGAUCCUAAGACGGUAAAACAACUUCGUCUCAAAUGGAAAUUCUUCGCGGGUAAAGACAUAUCAGCCACGCCCGCAGUGGCUGAUGGGAUUGUUUACUUCCCCUCAUGGAAUGGAUACAUAUAUGCGGUCCAUGCCUUAGAUGGUAAGCUCAAAUGGAAACAAAAUCUCGGGCAGCUCACUGGGCUGCCCGGGACAGGCGUUUAUUUCAAUUAUUCGGUUGCUAGAGCUACCCCAAGUGUGGUUGGACCAUUGUUAAUUGUUGGGAUUUAUGGACCGGCUAUUGUCAUUGCUGUUCGACGUUCAACAGGAAGCCUUGUUUGGUUAACUCGACUCGAUUCCAAUCCCCUCGCUUUGAUUACAUCAUCCGGGACUAGUUUCUUGGAUGGCUACUAUGUUGGGGUAUCUUCUUUAGAAGAAACCUUACCAGCCGGCCAAUGUUGCAUCUUUCGGGGUAGUAUGGUAAAGCUUAACAUUCUAACGGGUGCGAUUUUGUGGCAAACGUAUACCCUUCCUGAUAAUGGAGGAAAGCUCGAUGGAUAUUCGGGUGCAGCCAUAUGGGGGAGCAGCCCGGCUAUAGACAUUAACCGGAGGCUAGUAUAUGUAGCCACGGGAAACCUUUAUAACGCCCCACCCGAUGUUUUAGCAUGCCAAGAACGUCAAAAUAACCAAACAUCGCCACCAAAUGAGCCCGAUCAAUGUAUCGGGCCAGGUAUAAAUUUUAACUCGGUCUUGGCGUUUAGCAUGAGCACCGGGAGGUUAAGAUGGGCUAAACAACUUGGGGGAUAUGAUGUUUUCUAUAUAAUAUGUAGUCAGCCUAAUAAUCCCGAUUGCCCACCCGGGCCUAAUGUGGACGCCGAUUUUGGGGAGGCUCCAAUGUUGCUCACUAUAAAUGCGAAUGGAACUAGGAGGCGUGAUGUUGUUGUGGCGGUUCAAAAGAGUGGUUUUGUUUGGGCGUUAGAUCGUGAUAAUGGAACCAUAAUUUGGUCUAAGUUGGCAGGUCCGGGUGGAUUUGAAGGUGGAGGAAUGUGGGGUGCGGCGACAGAUGGAGUAAGGGUGUAUACAAACAUCGCAAAUAGCAACAGGAUAAACUUCACAUUGGCCCCAUCCAAUGCGACAACAAGGGAUGGGGUGUGGGUUGCCCUGGAUGUAAACACGGGGAAAAUCCUAUGGACCACGGCUAACCCUAGUCACGAUACGACCCAAGGACCAGUCACGGUCACGGCUAAAGGGGUGGUCUUUGCAGGAUCCGUGGCAUCUAAUGGCCCAUUUUAUGCAAUGGAUGCCUCGACUGGACAAAUAUUAUGGUCAAAUAAUACCGGUGCCACUAUCUAUGGUGGUGCUUCGGUGAGCCAUGGAUGUGUGUACCUUGGAAAUGGGUACACGGUCGGUCUCGCAAAGUUUCAUCCAACUUGGACCCCAGGAGAUUCACUAUAUGCUUAUUGCUUGUUCUAAAAACAUAAUAGAAAUGUUUUUUCUUAUGUUACUAAAU